CAUCGGUGUCUGUGUGUAUGUGAGAGAAGCACAGACCGCUUGUCUGUUCAUCCUGUUUACUUGCAUUCCCUGGCAGCCCUCGCUGAGUCUGAAAUGCCAUGAGGGAGGCUGUGUAUGUAUGUGUGCGUUUAAAGAGAGCCCCUCCGGCCAAUAAAGGGGGCAGUUCAUGUCGCACUGUACCAUGUGUGGGUGGUGGGUGGCCCAAGCCCGACCUUCCUCUUCUGUCUCUCCCUUGCUCUUUGCAGCCCUGUGUUUAACAAAACUCUGUGUCUCUGCUGUGUUGAUUUUCCUAUCAGACGCCUAACAUGCCUUUUCUCCUGGGGUUUAGACAGAGCCGGGUGACUUGUGUAGGAGUGAACAACCAGAGCUACUUUUGUGAUUCGGGCUACUGCUGUGGGGAAUCUCAGUGUUGCAGCUAUUACUACGAGGUGUGGUGGUUUUGGUUGGUCCUGACUCUCAUCAUCAUUCUGGGCUGCUGCUGUGUGUGUCAUCACCGUCGAGCCAAACACAGACUGCAACAACAACAACGGCAGCAUGAGAUCAACCUCAUCGCUUACAGAGAAGCCCAUAACUACACCUCUGUACCCUUCUAUUUCAGGUUCCUGCCUGGCUACCUCUUACCCGCAUAUGAGGAAGUCGAGAACAGACCUCCGACGCCCCCGCCUCCAUACAGUGCCUCUCAGCCAGGCCAGUCCACCAGCACUGACCCCCUGUGCUCUGAACAACCAGAUGAGCUCUGCCCUCCACUGCAGUCCAGCUCUGUUGUCCCAUCUGCAACUGAAAACUGUUCUCCGGGACCCUGCGUGGAGCAGCCGCAUACUCCCACCGCACAUCACCCUGUCAGAAGCACCCACAAACCACAGUACCUCAGCCGAGAAGAGGACGGGCAGCCCCAGCAGGUGGCGUGCGCUACCUCACACAGCCCAGUAAAACAGGGCAGCUCCGGCGAGGAUCUGACUGAACCCGUAGAAGACUGUUCACCCGACAGCAAAGACAAGACUCCAGGGCGCCACCGGCGCUUCACGGGCGAUUCUGGGAUUGAGGUAUGCGUGUGCAACCAGGGGCCCGGGGAUGGAGAGGAAGAGGAGGAAAUGAAAGAGCUUGUAGGGCACAUGGAUGGAGGGGUGCUUGAGGAGCAGGAUUUCUGUGAUAGCUGCAACCCCCGUGCCAACAGCCCUCCACGUGGUCCAGGGGACGAGGAACAGGGCCUGGCUGCCUCAGACGUGCCUCUGGAGCACAGAGAGCAUCAGCGACCUCCAGUCUGCCUCCAUCUGCACACCAUCAACGAACAGGAUGGUCCACAUCACGCCAGCAACAUGGACCCCCAGAGUUGAGCACAAACGGUUCCAGCAGAGACUUACUUUAGACUGCUGUCUCCCUUUAGUUUCUCGAGAUACAUCAAUUUGUACUGUCAGCAAUGUCACUUUGGGUGUACUUUUUUGUGUGUGUGUAUGAGUGAGAGAGAGAGAGUUUUAAAAGGGCGUUAAUGUGUGAGUCCUCACGGUUUUUAUGGAUUAAUAGGGUAAUCUAGUAAAGACGUUAAUAGGUCUGUUGCCUCACAGAGAGGUCACGAUCAAAGCCACAGGGGAAAUUCUCCUCAGUUUAUAGCCUUAUCGAGCUCUGGGUGACAUGGCUGUAGAUUUGAAGGCUUUUUGUUGGUUUUUGGGGGCUGAUUGCCUUGUACUGAGAUGAAGAUGGCACUCAAGGUCGGGGACAUUGAUUUGUGCUGGCUUUUGCUUCUGAAUUCUUACCUUUAAUAUCAUUUUGAAAUAUUUAAAGGGACAGUUCACCCAAAAAUGAAAGAUUUGUCUUUAUUUAGUCAUUCUCAUGCCAUUCCAAAUGCACAAGACUUUUGUUCAUCUUUAAAACACAAAUGAAGAUAUUUUUAAUAAAACUUGAGAGAUCCAUUUAAAAAAGUCUAUUCCACUAAAAAUUGAUGUUCAAGAUUGUAGAUUAAAUGCAUAUGCACAUACAUAGAGGCAAAUAGGGUAAAAAGAAUUAAACAUACAUAAACAUGAUGCACAAGAACCAGUGAAGUUUCGUCUUAUGCAUCAAGUACAGUUGAACUUCUGUUUCUUUGAUCAGUGUUUAUAUGUGAAUAAAACCUUAAAUUAAAUCUGUUCAUUAUUUAAAAUAAGAAGAGUUGUGGUGUAUGCACACCAAAUGCGAAGCGAAUAUUUGCUCACAGGAUGUUUUUCACAUUACUUGCAUGAAUAAACAUAAAAACAAUAAUAAAAAAAAAACACAACCGGACAUGUCAAUAAGCUGUUUGCUAUAGAUUGGCUUGCGUGAUAACACAUCAUGUGAAUUUUCCACUGGAGUUUAAAAUUUUGAACUUGAACAGAAGAAGUGAUUGAGGUGUAUAUUUAUUUAAGGCUAAAUUGCUCAAAAACACAUGAAUUUUAACACAACACGUAAAAUACGCGUAUUUCACGUGUUAAAAACGUGUUGUUUACACGUGAAAAAUCAGCCCGUUAUGUAUGCAGAAACAACACGUAUUUAGGGUUUCAUACUCGUUAAAUACAAGUAUUGUAACGCGUUGAUGUGUUACAAUUAACGUGUUUUGAACCAUUUGGCCUUCCAUAUAUAUAUCGUGCAUUUGCGCCAAUGACGUUGCCCAAUUCACGUCUAUUUGCAUGAACAUUGUGUGUAAUUUGUGAGUAAACACAAUUAGACUGAACCGCUUGAUUCAUAUGGAUUACGAUUGCGAUCACUUUCUUAAAAUUUUUAAGCAUUAAUAUUUAGGUGGAAUGAAGAUGGAGUUUCAAAUGAGGUAGGGAAAUCUUGCUGGCUUGAUUAAAGUAUUCUCAUUUUUGUUUAAAAAGAAAAUCAAAAGUCUUAUGGGUUUGGAAUGAUAUAAAGGUGAAAAAAGAAUUUUCAUUUUUUUCGUGAACUAUCAAUUUAAGAUUAUAUUGUGCACAAAAAAAAAAUGGAAAGGACAGCCACAGAUGCUGUCUGCUAUUACUUUAGAGCUUUAAUAUUCGGCUGUCUUUAUUUUUUUUGUCUUAUUAUUCUGAAAAUGUUUGUUCUGGAGUAUCUGCAUGAUGCUGUUCAGAAAAAUGAAGGAACGUAAAUAUCUGAAAUAUAUGAUUUUUGUGUUUUCGUAUCAAUAAGUGAACAUUCUCCCUACCUAGCAGGGUAUGGGUGCUAUUUUGCUUGUUUUGUCUUAUCAUUGUAUAACAUGGUCUUGGGCUUUAUCCAAUAUUUUGCAUGGUUAUUUGCAUAAACUGAAUAGAUCCACAAGCAGAAACUGAAUACAUCCACAUGCUAUACAGUAGUACAUUUUAAAGUUCAUUAUGCAAAGACUCUUCAAAUGAAGGCUGAAAAUACCUUUGUAUAUAGAUUGAACCCAGCUUGUACAUUUACACUAGGUGCCUUUGUUGAUUUAAGUAGUUUUCAUAUGCCUUAAAGAGAAGUGUGUGUGUGUCGUAGAAUUUUUUGCAUAAAAUAAUUAAGGGCCAGUAUGAGUGAAGAUUUUGGUCAGUGGUAACGUCUCGUUUGAAAGGAUCACUUGAUAAGCCUUCCAUCGAAACAUAUCAUGUUUGUUUUUUGCCUUAAUUUAAUUUCUGUAUUCUCCCAUAGUGCUUUUAAGUUGUUUUUGUAUCUUAACACUGUAAGGGAACUCUUGCACCACUAACAGUAACUUAUGUAUAGGCCUUAUUAAGCUUUAAAUGUGCAUUUUAUUGUAGCAGAUCAGGUAAGGUUACUGUCAUGUUAGUGUAGCACUUAUGUCGGGUUCAAGAUGAGAUAUUGACAUGUUUUUCUGUGGCGGUGAGACUGUCGAAAGCUGCUCCACUGCAUUCCCUACACUGUCUGUCUGUGUGUGUGUGUGUGUGUGAGUGGGUGAGCAUAUGUGUGUGUGUGUCAUUGUAGGUUCCUUUAAGUGGAUCAUUCUUCACGCCACUGUGUUUGCUUGACCUUUGGUUUGGAUUAACAGUUAGACGUCCUGUAAUAGAGUCUUAGCUUGGGCACAGAUAUUUUUGAUCUUGAGAUCCGAGUGUUCCUGUGUAAAUGGUGGCUAAUUUUCUUUCAAACAUGAUGUGGCCGGUAAAUUAGGUUCUUAGCGUGUUGGCUGGAAAAACCGGUUUGGGAGGCAGAUUCCAACAUAGACAUGGUGCCUUCAGAAAUAUCUGUGUAGCAGUAUUGUUUGGCUAAACCUAAUAUUGAGCGUUCUGAAUGAUUUGGACCAGCUAUAGCAUCAUAACGUUUUACAGAUUAAGUGAAGCUUGAAGCUACAAAGUCAGUUAAGCGAGGAGAUCAAGUCAUCUGUUGCAGCAAUGGUGCUCAUGGCGAUCUUUCUGUAGCUCUAGUCUCCAUUGUUUAUUUUUUUGUCAUCCUUUGAUUUUGAGACCAAAGGUAUUGAGUAAAAAGUGGAAUCUGAGUCACAAUGUCGGGUAGCUCACUGUGAAUGAGACGAGUUCAUUCGUUUUGCCUGAAAAAGUUGUCAUUGCACUGUUUUGACACUGAGCAGUGAGUGUGUGUGUGUUUGAAGGUGACGAAGGCUUUGCAAGCCAAUUGCUUUUUGUUCUUAAGCUUUGAUUCAAGCCUGGUACUACGUUUUAGUUUUGUAUCUGUAGUCACUUUCUUUUUAUAUAUAAAACUGUAUUUUCCGCAUUUUAUAAGAAGACUCAACCAAAUUAAGGAGUAUCAAAGAAUGUUCCAUAUGAAUAAAAAAAACUUUUAAAGCCAA